AUGGUUUUUGACACAAUCAGUCAAGCUAGUGAAGAGGGCAGCAGUAGAGGGAGAGGUAAAAACAAAAGGUUUUGGACAGUACAGGAAGAUAAUGUGCUCAUAAAAUCAUUGCAUGAGCUGGCUAGUGAUCCUAGGUGGAAAGGUGAAAGUGGAUUCAAAAGUGGGUAUAUGAAUAAGUUAGAGGAGAUGAUAAAACGUGAGCUUCCCGAUUGUGGUUUAAGAGCUGAUCCACACAUUGAGUCAAUAAUAAAGCAUUGGUCGGAGAAAUACUCUGCCUUAGCAGAGAUGUUGUCUCUUUCGGGAUUUGGGUGGGAUGAUGAGAAGAUGUUGCAAGUGGAAAAGAAAGUGUUCGAUGAAUGGGCAAAGACUCAUAAAAGAGCGAAGGGAACGUAUGGAGUACCUUUUCCUCACUAUGACAUACUUGCUGAAAUCUAUGCUAAAGACAAAGCAACAGGAGAUAUGAGCGAGUCUUUUUUUGGAGCAGUCAAGAACAUGAAUUCUGAGAUUGAAAAGGAGCCAUUAACUCUAGAGAGUGAUGAGGAGGAUGAUGCCAUCUCUACAACUCAAAGUCGGAAGCGUCCAUUGAAGAAAGAGGUUGAUCUUUCAACUCCCUUGAAGAAACCAAAAAAAUUGAAGGACUUUAAGGAUAAGGGACAGAAGAAAUUAUAUGAAGGUGAUGAACUAGUUGUUUCCCUUCAUAGUGUCUCAACAAAUUUCAGCACCAUUUUCGAGAACAUCAGUGCUAAUCUUGCAACCAUGGCUAGUACGUGGUCAAAAGCUGAAGAAAUGGAACAACAAUUGGAUGAAAAAGUUAACAAGAUAUUGGAGGAGGUUAUGAAGUUAGAAGGUGUCUCUCCAUCUGAAGCCUUGUAA